AUGACAGGGCAUAAGAGGAAUUCUAGGCUGAUGUGUAAAUGGAUAUUUGAGUGUUUUUGGCUGGUGACAUUUACAUUUGCAUCCCGAUGUAUUUUUGCCGCUGGUGACCCUCUGAACAGCAUUAUAAGGCAUUACGAACCUUUGAACUUUGAUCUGAACUCAGUGCUGUCCAAUCAUCAUCGGGCAAAGAGGUCAAACAAAGACGGAACUUUGCGUCUAGAUUUCAUUGCGCAUGGCAGGGAUUUCAAAUUACGUCUGAAGCGUGACACGCUUGUAUUCAGCCCGGAAUUGGAUGUCGUAACGUCACGUGGCUCUGAGGGUUAUGACGUCAGCAGGGCUUACGUAGGUCACGUGAAAGGUUCUGUAAAUCACAACAUAUACUUUCGUAAGAAACGAGCAGUGUCUAUGAAUGACAAGACGAUCUGCGAGUUAUAUCUACAAGCAGACCAUUUGUUUUAUCAACAUUUUUCCAGCAAUACGGAAACAGUUAUUGAGCAACUUACGCAGCACGUGCAAGCCGUCAAUGCCAUCUACAAAAAUAUCGAUUUUGAUCAAGACGGGAAACCCGAUGAGAUCGGUUUUAUCAUAAAGAAAAUCAAGAUCCACACUGACCCGGAUGUAGAGGGAUACCGGUACAAGGGAAAUUACGGAGUUGAAAAAUUCCUGGAGUUAGUGUCAGAGGAGAAUUAUGACUUCGUCUGUCUGUCUUAUAUGUUCACGCACAGGGACUUUGAAGGCGGAACCCUGGGUCUAGCAUGGACAGCGGACCUCCAUAAUGCUGGGGGCAUAUGUGAUAAAUAUAAUGCAUAUCAGGGCACAAUGAAGAGUCUGAACACAGGAAUCGUCACGGUGCUGAACUUCGGACAGUUUGUUCCGCCUACCGUGUCUCACGUGACCUUAGCACACGAGCUGGGGCAUAAUAUGGGGUCACCGCAUGACCCUUCCACACAGGCUUGUACCCCUGGUGGUGACAUCGGAAACUACAUCAUGUAUGCCAGAGCGACAUCUGGCGACAGACCGAAUAACGAGAGGUUCAGCAGCUGUAGCAUAGAGAGCAUGGGGCCUGUGAUCGAUGCGAGAGGACGAAACAGUAAUGGGUGCUUCACUGCUUACACUGACUCCAUGUGUGGUAACAAAGUGGUUGAGGAAGGGGAGGAAUGUGACUGUGGUUGGGAUGACGAGUGCACAGAACAGUGCUGUAAUCCUCAAUCCUCAGACAGCUCCGGGCCAAAAGGAUGCACUCUCAAACCAAGCGCCGCCUGCAGCCCCAGCGUGGGAUUAUGUUGUACUGAACAGUGCUCCAUUGUCCCCGCCAGUGAGCAGAAACUCUGUCGCGCAGCCUCGUCAUGUCAGGAGUCGGCUUACUGCGAAUAUCCUUUUCUUUAUUUGAGUAAAGAAACACAUUUCCCAGAGUGCACUGGCUCGCUCUGUGUGGUGUACGGUCUGGAAUCCUGCCAAUGCGCACCGGAAGUUGCCGGGGAUUGGAGAGAUCCCCGACUGUGUCACCUCUGCUGCAAGACCCAUGACCCGGACUCCGUCUGCCGAUCCAGUUAUGAAUUCAACGAUGCUCACAACGCCCUUCCCAAUACGUCUGCCCAGCCCGGAAGUCCGUGUAACAACUACCAAGGUUUCUGUGAUGUUUUCCAUAAAUGUCGAGAGGUUGAUCCAUCUGGCCCUCUACAGAACAUCCGAAAGUUGCUGUUUUCAGGGGAGACAAUCGAGACGCUGAAGCAAUGGUUACAGGCGUACUGGUAUGCCGCUGUGGCUGUUGUGGUGGGAUUUAUCAUCUUAAUGGCCUUAUUCAUCCGAAUCUGUAGCAAAACCACUCUGCCACAGAAGGUGAUGAAGACAGUGAAGAGGAAAGUGCAUCCAACGCGGACAAGGCGGAAGCCGGAGAAGCGUCGCCAUGAUACGCCUAGGUCUGGCGUCAGCACUGUCGAAUUGGCUGUGUAGGGACGGAGUUCAAAACUGGCUAGAAUGAGAAACCAUUUCCCACCUAAAGUAACUUGAGCCUGGAGCGAUGCAGUCAGCUGUUCAUUCCUGCCUUUUUCCAUGACGUUUUACGCGAGAGGACAGCCAGUCCAGCUUGGACCCGAGUCGCCAUUGCGCCAUAAAGAAAACGUGCCCCAUUCACAUGAAACCUUUCUAUCCGUCCUUUUUGAUACACGUGUGGCUGUUGCCUCUGGAUUCUGAUGCUUGCCCUGUGGGUUGGUUUAACAAAGCUCACAUUUAACAUUCAGUUGAUGUAAUUCCCAUACCAACCAGCACUUGCACUUUGACAA